CAUUCUCUGUUGUAUUUGUAAAUAUUUACUUUCAAAGGACACAAUCUACGUUAUCGUGUGUUACAAUUUGAUAGUUUAAAAGUGAUAUAAAUUUUCAACUAAUACUGGAAAGGACAGUCAUUUAAUUAGUUACAUAGAGAAGCGGAUAUUUUAUACAAAAUAAUUAAAUAGCGUGUGUUCUUUACGUAACCCCAAUCGAUGCAUUUAAAAAUUCAGACUUGCGAGAAUGAUGCAUCUGAACCUACUUACAGACCUGAAAGACUUGGAUGCUGAAUCCGGGCCAUGAAUUGCAGAUGCUGGAAGAUGCUGGAUAGGUUUAUGUGUUGGGAGCAGGUAAAAGUCAUGCGGGAAGGUGUCCUUUGAUUACCAUAUUUAAGUGAAAAAAUGCAGAUGAGUGAUUUUUCAAGAAGUGGAUCCGUCGUUUUGUGAACUUUAAAUUUUACAGUGAUUAUAUUUGGAAAUAUGUUUGGAAAAUUCUAAAUGCUUCUUGCGGAGGAGGAUGGCCUUAUCAAAAUACGAAUCGACCCGGGAGACUACAAACUUUGCUCGAAUUGCCCGUGCUAUUUUAGGUCCCUGCGCUGAUGUACUGCGAGAUGUUCUCACAAAAGAGAUAUCUCCUCCAGAAUUGAAAAGGGAACUUCACAAAUACCUUCUAAAUUGCAAAACACCUCCAAUCAGUCAAAAACAAAAACAGCUCGUCAAUAACGGAGAUUACUCAAAAUUUGACAUUUCGUUGAUCUACUUUCUCUUAAGAAACACUUGUUCAAUUCCUCCCCAUCCAAAGGGAUGGGGAACCCCUCCAGAUCCAUCUGAUAAAAGUCUGUCGGCAAACGUAGAACGAAUUCGUUUUUUAAGAAACGAAUGGGGGCAUUCAACAGAUUUAUCUCUUACGGAGCCAGAUUUUGAACGAAAUUGGAAAAAUAUUUUCGAAAUUGUAAAGGAUCUGGAAGGUUACCUUGGAACUGCAACUGUGUACCAGGACGCCCUGAAGAAGUUGAAGAUUUGCUGUAUGGAUCCGGAUUCAAUAGAGCUUUACAUACAAAAAUUGUUGAUUGUUGAACAAUUAGAAAAUGAUUUUACCAAUUUAAAAGAGGAAGUAGAACAGAUAAAAAAGCAUGUGAUGGUCGAGCCAGCGUGUCCAAUGGAAUCAACACUUGAACGAGACACGUUUAAACAAUGGCAAGAUGACAUCGUUUUAUUCGUUUCAACAAGAGCAUGUAAAGAGGUUGAAAAUAAAGUAAAAAGUCAAAACUUAGUGAUUGUAGCAGGUCACUCGGGAUACGGAAAGUCUACCAUCAUUAAACACAUAGCUCUUGAAUAUAGGCGUCAAGAUUGGAUUGUGAAACUGGUGACAGGAGUAGCGGAAAUUAUAAAUGUAUAUUCGUCAAACCUAUUUUUAGAGAACAAGACCAUUUUCAUACUAGAAGACCCAAUAGGCAAGGAGGCUUUAGACGAAAUUGCCAUUAGUUCAUGGAGAAUACAUGAAGAGCAAUUGAAAAUUUGUUUAAAGAACGUCAAACUAUUGAUAUGUUGUAGAAAAAAUGUUUUAAGCAAUUAUAGAGAAAAGGGACUUUUAAAAGAUAAAGCCAACGUCGUAGAUAUCAAUAGUGACCAAUUAAAAUUAAAUUCCCAAGAGAAAAUUAGUAUCUGGAGUAGUCACGCGUCAAACAAGGGUUGUCUACAUUUUGAGAUAUUACAAGGACUUUUCCAGAUUGACGCGUAUUUUCCAUUAUUGUGCAAAAUAUUUUUUGACAAUGAGAAAUAUCAAAAAAUGGGAUUAAGAUUUUUCAAAGAAGUUGACGCUGUUUUUGUAGAAGAAAUACGCAGUUUACAGAAGACAUGCAAAGAAAAGUACUGUGCUCUUGUUCUUCUUGUUCUGUAUAACAACGUCAUGUGUAUCACCGAUAUACCUGAAACAUACAUUUCGGAAGAAAAAUUUCAACGUGCUCUGCAACUUUGUGGAAUUCCGUAUGCGUCGCCAUUUACCAUAAAGGACUCCUUGGAGUCUUUGAAUGGACUUUUUGUGAAAAAAAUUGGAGACAAUUUUCAUUUUUAUCACGACCUUUUUAUGGAAGUUACCACUUUUGUGUUUGGGUCAGAGUUUCCUUCAGACAUUAUAAAAUAUGCUGAUAUUGGUAUCCUCAGGAACAGAGUAACGAUUAAAAAUUCUGAUGAACAAAACGAUCCGCACAUCAUAUAUUUGAAACACAAACAUAAAGAUCUUGGAAAAAGACUUUUCACUGAUCUUUUCGGAGAGAGGCUAUUAGAUGUUAUUCUUAACCCUUGUUUAAGAGAUGAUCAAGUUAUUAAGGUUUUUAUAGAAGAACUAGAAAAUAAUCCAGAAAAGUUAGAAAUGUUACUGAAAAAAAUAAAGCCUCUUAUUCAAAAAGGAGAGUUUUAUACAAAACCAAAAGGUAUAACUUUCUCUAAACUUAAUUUUUUGAAUAUAGUUAGAGAAAUAACGCCUCUUAAUGCUCUAAUAGUCUUUUGUCACACAGAAAUAUCAACGCAUUGUUUAAAUGCUCUACAAAACAGGCAAAUAGAUCUGAAAGGACAUUUACUGUUUUCUUCUGUUUGCUGUAAUGGAUCAUUGGAUUUAUUCAAAACGUUUUGGGGAGACUGGAAUAUUAAGUUUUUUUUGACAGAAAAAUGGGGCCCUUUCUAUCCUGAGCACACUGCAUCCCUGUUUCAUAAUUUUGAAAUACUGCGUGAGUUGAUAAGUUUAGACAACAAUAUGAGUAUGACGUCUUCCAAUACUGCUAAUAUUAGAACUAGCAACAUCGGUAGGUCGACUCCACUGAUAUUAGCAGCUUCAAACAAAACAGGAGAAUACGGCAAAAACUACAGAGAAAAUUCAAGCGAAACAAAACGCAACGAAACUAUAAAUAUUCUACUCAACAAAAAUGCAGAAAUCAAUCUAUGCAAUUCCAAUGGAACCAGUCCUCUCUAUAUAGCUUGUCAAGGGGGACAUGAUAGCACUGUACAACUUCUAGUAAGCAAUGGGGCAAAGAUUAAUUUAUGCAAUGAAGACGGAAUCAGUCCUCUCUUUGUAGCCUGUCAAGAAGAUCACAGCAGUACAGUGCAACUUUUACUAAACAAUGGAGCAGAAAUCAAUUUAUGUGACGAAGAUGGAACUAGUCCUCUUUCUAUAGCUUGUCAAGAAGGGCAUAACAUUAUUGUGCAAAUUUUACUGAGAAAUGGACCAGAUAUCAAUUUAUGUGACAAAGACGGAACUAGCCCCCUUGUUUUAGCUUGUCAAGAAGGGCACGACAGUAUCGUGGAUCUUUUAUUGAGUAAUGGAGCAGAAUUUAAUUUAUGCGAUAACGACGGAACUAGUCCUCUCUUUGUAGCUUGUCAAGAGGGAUACGAGAAAACUGUACAACUUUUAUUGGGUAAAGGAGCAGAAAUUAAUUUAUGCGAUGAAAACGGAAUUGGCCCUCUAUUUAUAGCUUGUCAAGAGGGAUAUGAAAGCACUGUAAAACUUUUACUGAGCGAAGGAGCAGACGUUAAUUUAUGCGAUGAAGACGGAACCAGUCCUCUCUAUAUCGCAUGUCAAGAAGGACAUGAAAAUGCUUUUCAACUUUUACUGAAUAAAGGAGCAGACAUUAAUUUAAGUGAUAAAAACAGAGUUAGUCCUCUGUUUAAAGCUUGUCAAAAAGGGCAUGAUAACAUUGUACAACUUUUAUUGAAUAAUGGUGCACGUGCAGUCAUUAAUUUAAGCGAGAAGAACGGAAUCACCCCUCUUUAUGUGGCUUUUGCAUGGAGACAUAGCAAAAUCGUCCAAAUGUUACUAGAAUGUGGCGCAGACACUUCUGUUUUUAAUGACUCUGGACCUAAUUCCUUUCCAAUUGAUCCUUACGAGGAUUAUAAAAACAGGGGGUUUACAUUGCAAAGGAAUAGCAUUUUUGAUAACAUUUUUGACUCGGAUUCGUAUUUUUCCCUAUUUCUAUUUUCUAAAGUUGAACAAAUGAUCAGAAUUAAUGAUUGAACGAUCCUGAUGAAAAUCUUCAAUGUUUCUGUGACGUGUGCAAGUAGUAUAUCAAUAUACAAUGCCCGUUUAAGAAAAUUCUUAGAAUGUUGCUUCUUUAUAUUGUUUGACCUGUUAUUCUUUGUAAGUUUUGAACUAUUAUGUGGUAACUGUAGUUUUUAUGUCAAUACGAUUAGCUGCAUGUGCUCAGUACUAUAGAUGAGAUAUUUAUUCACAAAAUAUGCAUACUUUACUUGGCCAGGCUUGUUCAUCCUAAUUUUUUUUUUUAAAGAAAAUUAGGUUUACUACUGAGAUCAUAUAUUUAUCAAAUGGUCGAUAUCAAACAUUGGGAGGACAUAUUCAUGGAGGAAUUCACAUAAAAGUGUAUCUAUGACAUGAACUUAUUUUGCAGUUUAUGAAUUGACAAUUUUUUCAUUAGAAUUGACUACUAGUAUGUUUUGUUUUUUUAAACACCAUAUUUAUGUGUCGUUUAUCUAUAUUUUUUAUGCCAAAAUGUUAGUUUCAUUGUCACAAGUCAUUUAUAAGAUUAGAUUUUACUAAGACCACACCACUUAUUAAACUAUUUAGCAUGUAUCACAUUAUCAUAACAAAAAUAGAACCAAUGCGGGUUAUGUGUUUUACUGCAUUGCUCGCUACCUUCAUACAGGCAUGAAUCACCAAAGAUUAACUGAAGCUUUAUGGGCUGUCAACCUGAAUUAUCUCGUAG